AUGCUGGGCGCUGGGCUAAUGCUCAUCAUCAAACCGGGCAUUAGCUUCGCCGCCUGGUUCUUCCCCGCCGCCAUGAUCGGAAUCACCGUCGGCGGAGAAGCAAGCCUCAUGACCGUGCUAUCGAGCUACUUUGUCCCAAAUCACCUCAUCGCGACGGGGGUCUGCGUCGCAAAUGCAGCCACACUCCUAGGUGGAGCCGUCGCAGUGACCAUAUACAGCGUGGUGUUCAACAGCAAGAUCAAGAAGGCGCUUCCACUUAAGCUAUCUGAGUCGGUGCUGCAGGUUGGCCUCCCGGAAUCUAGCCUUGCCGAUUUCCUCGUCGCGUACACAACUGGCAAUCCAGCGCUGGCGAAUGUGCCGGGGGUUACGCCCGUGGUGCUUAGUGCUGCGCGGGCGGCGAAGAAGGUUGCUUAUGCGGAUAGUUUCAGGUAUAUUUGGUAUAUUCUUCUUGCGUUUGCGGGGAUCUGUCUUGUUCCUGCGUUGCUCUUUUCCCCCACUGCGAAGUAUAUGACGAAUGAGGUUGCAGCGCCGGUGCAGGAACGGAGGGCCAAGGCUGGUGGGGCCAAGGCAACUAGUGAGGUCAAGGAAACUAGUGAGGACUAG